AUGGACACAGAUAAUACGCAAGUCUUAGCUGUGUUGGAUAGAGAGACUCAAGGUCCAUGGGAGUGUGAGUACAGUUAUGGAGGAGAGGCUGACCUUUAUCGACAUUACGACAGCUGUAAGAAGAAUCCAGGACACAAGAACUUUAUACCUGUAGAUAAGUUCAGUAUAGAAGAUCUCCCCGAAGAUUACCAUGACAAGGAUAUACUGGCCUAUAUCCGAGCAGUGUCAGACCUGACAGUUCGUGUGACAGUCAAGUAUGUCAGUGACAAGAGACCAUCAACUGUUCCUGGUAGUCUCAUGCCGUAUCCAGGUUACAUGGACAAGGGUCGACGGAGGGUGACUGUAGGGACGGGGUGGGUUAACUCUGUGAGUUUGUGGGACAACUCUUCAUGUACGACAUGUCUAUGUAAGGACUGUCAGAACUCUUCUACACCGGAGAUGAGCUUUGCCAUGAUUUCUAUCACCACUUCAGCACACAUGGUUUAUGACGAGCUCGAGGGAGAACACACCACAUGCCACCUGUUCUUUGAUAGAGGAAGUACACCGGAAACCUCAAGCGGUGUUGUUACAUUGACUGUCAUGUCUAAUGUAAAUACCCAAAUCCCAAACGACUGGUGUGACAUGAAACAUUUUACACACGACUUGGGUCUGGCCCACCGCCUAGAUGAAAGUCUGAGGCAUGCAUGUAACUUAAAAGACAUGAUCUUCGUGAAAACGCUUACAUUGAAUAAGACCAAGCAGAGAGAAAAUCUACCAGAUAAGCAACCAUUGUUGAUUAUAGUGUCCCACCCUCACGGAUGUAGCAAACAGAUCAGCCUAGGUCACUGGAGAAGUAUAGAAGUUGACAGAGAAACCAGCACCGUCUCCCUCAUGUAUACUACGCCGACUUGUCCAGGUUCUAGUGGGGCUCUUGUUUGUAUGCCCCAAGCAUUCGCUUCGCCAGAUGCGGAUCUGGCCUUCUUCACUUUCCGGGCAGUACACUGCGGGACGUCUGAACUGGCGCCUGGAGUCAACUUUUGCCGAGCUGAUCAAG